AGAACACGUUUGACUACAACUCCUUCUAUUGGACAAACAGACAAGCAUUGAAGGCCGAAAAUGGACUGGGACUAGAAGACAAAGAAUCAAAGCUACCAACAUACUGGUCAACACCGCUGACCAAGAUCUGUCUCGGCAUGAAGAUGAAGACAAACAGUGACAUCAAAUGGUUGAAAUUAGAAUUAAAACAGCGCGCUGACUCCCUUUACGACGUCAUGACCACAGGGAACCCAACACAGCCAUACACUCUUCUUGGUGUAGAAAAAUGGAAAGAUACUUUUAUGCCAAGGAUUAGAUACAGAUUUAACAAUCCUCGUGAAGGCGUUAAUGCUACUUUUUAUGAUAGAACUGGAAGGGUCAGAGUUAAACUGGGAGUUGUCUAUCGUUUCGGAAGCUUCCUAACCUAUCUUGGUUUUGGACCCUGGGGCUCUUGGCAUCAGAAGUAUAAUAUAGACAUCUCAUGUGGUUACGGCAGAGAAGAUGAUACCACGCCUCAUUAUAAGAAAAUCCACGCUUUUUGUUAUAUUUUAGUUCAGUAGAAGCCAACAUGGCGGUUAUAUGGGUUGCAAGUUCCCAAGAAAACCAUGAUAAAAAACAGAGCGGCCAUCAUUGUAGGAUUAAAUAUGGUUGCUUGGUAGCGAUGACGUGCAAUCGAAAAAUUACCAUGAUGUACUGAUAUAAACUGCCAAUAAAAUCUGAUAAAUGUU